GAAGGAGAAGGUAAUGAGACGAGUUUCAAAAGAACUGAAACCUUCAUUAACUGAAGCCAACAAGAAGGCACGUGUGGCGUAUUGCCUUGAGAAUUUGGAGCCAAGUUCAUUGGAGGACAAUCCCACUUUUAAAGCUAGUUUUAACAAGGUUCAUUUGGAUGAGAAGAUCUUCUACCGUACAAGGAAGACACAGAAAAUGUACUUGAGUCAUAGAGAGGAAGCACCAAAAAGAGAAUGCAAACAUAAAAACCACAUCCAGCAGAUCAUGUUCUUGUCGGCUAUGGCAAGGCCAAGGUAUGAUUCUCAAGGAAAUUGUGUGUUUGAUGGAAAAAUAGGUGUGUGGGCAUUUGUUGAUUGGGUGCCAGCUCAAAAGAAGAGUGCUAACAGAGGGAGAGGAGAAUGGGAGCUCAAGCCUUCAUCUUCGGUGGACAGGAACAAAAGUAGGGAGUACAUUGUGCAGUAUGUACUGCCUGCUAUAAAGGAAAAGUGGCUUGAGAGUGAUAGAUGGAACACCGUGUACAUUCAGCAAGACAAUGCAAGAACUCAUGUUUUAGCAAAUGAUCCCAUUUUUGCAAUGGAAGCGGCAAAGGGAGGUUGGGAUAUCAGAAUUGUAAAUCAACCACCAAAUUCACCUGACUGUAACAUACUUGAUCUUGGGUGGUUUGCCUCCAUUCAAUCUAUGUUCCAUAGGAAAAUGCCCAAAACCCUUCCAGAGAUUGUUCAGAAGCAUGCUCUCUGGCGGAGCGAUUUCACGACGAGGCUCGUCCGCGGCAAUGGGGAGUUCGAAAAGGAUGGGUGUGAGCAGCUGGGCACCGCCGGGUACGGGAAGUCGCAGCUGCGAAACUGCGGUGAAUUGUAG